UAGAGAUGACCUCACUUCCUGCUGUUAGGCUGUCUUGUGAUUACCUCAUUUCCUUCUUUGGAGGGGGGCGGAUCGCCUCAUAUCGCACAGAAUCCCAAGAUGGCGUCGAGUGGAGGAGAUGGAGAACCUGAGUGGACUGCGGCUGUCCGACCGCUUUUAUCAGCUUCUUACACGGCCUUUGAGACGAAGGAGCUGCCGCAGCUUGUGGGAUCUAUCAUUAACAGUGAAUCUGAGAUUCUACACCAUGACAAACAGUACGAGCCCUUUUACUCAUCCUUUGUGGCUCUUUCUGCACAUUACAUCACCACGGUCUGUGGACAGAUUCCUAGAAAUCAGUUACUGUCUGUAGCUGCUGCCUGUAAAGUAUUAAUCGAAUUCUCGCUGCUACGACUUGAAAACCCAGAUGAAGCGUGUGCAGUUUCACAGAAGCACCUGAUCCUUUUAAUAAAAGGACUGUGCACUGGCUGUAGCCGCCUGGACAGAACAGAGAUCAUUACCUUCACUGCGAUGAUGAAGUCUGCCAAACUUCCCCAGACUGUGAAGACUCUCUCGGAUGUGGAAGACCAGAAGGAGCUGCCUUCCCCGGUGAACCCUGAGCUGAGACAAAAGGAGGUCCAGAUGAACUUCUUCAACCAGCUGACCUCGGUCUUCAACCCCGACGUGACCCUGCUGGCGUCCCCUUCCACCCACGCACAGGCGGAAAGUGAUGGUGACGAUCAGACAACUGCAGACCAAGCUACACAGGCCAAAAUGAAGAAUGCCUUUAUUUCCCAGAAUGUGGCAAGUUUACAAGAGCUGGGAGGCUCGGAGAAGCUGCUGCGUGUGUGCCUCAACCUGCCGUACUUCCUGCGCUACAUCAACCGCUUCCAGGACGCUGUCUCGGCCAACUCCUUCUUCAUCAUGCCGGCCACCGUCGCAGACGCCACAGCCGUGCGCAACGGGUUUCAUUCCCUUGUGAUUGAUGUGACAAUGGCCCUAGACACGCUGUCUCUGCCUGUGCUGGAGCCCCUGACUCCUGGAAGAUUAUUAGAUGUGACUGUUCUUGCCCUCAGCUGUCUCUAUGCAGGUGUUAGUGUAGCCACCUGCAUGGCCAUUCUGCAUGUUGGUAGCGGUCUUCAGCUGCGCACUGCCUCCACCGGCUCCAAGGAGGAAGACUAUGAGAAAGAUGCUGCUACAAUAGUCCAGAAAUGUCUUGAAAUUUAUGACAUGAUUGGACAGGCUAUUAGCAACUCCCGUCGAGCAGGUGGUGAGCAUUAUCAGAACUUCCAGCUUCUGGGAGCAUGGUGCCUGCUAAACAGCUUGUACUUGAUCCUGAACCUCAGCCCCACUGCCCUGGCUGAUAAGGGCAAGGAGAAGGACCCUCUGGCUGCCCUGCGUGUCCGGGACAUCGCCGCCCGCACUAAGGAUGGGGCGGGAUCACCCAAGCUGGGGCCAGGGAAGGGACAUCAAGGAUUUGGAGUUCUUUCUGUAGUCCUGGCCAACCACGCCAUAAAACUGCUCACGUCACUCUUCCAGGAUUUGCAAGUAGAGGCACUGCACCGGGACUGGUCAAGCGAUGGCCCUCCGGCAGAGCUCAACAUCAUGGCCCAAAGCACCUCCAUCCAGAGGGUGCAGCGACUGAUCGACUCUGUGCCACUCACCAACUUGCUUUUCACUCUGCUGUCCACCUCCUACCGAAAGGCCUGUGUCCUCCAGCGCCAGAGAAAAGGUUCGGUGAGCAGUGAUGCCAGUGCCUCCACAGACUCCAAUACGUACUACGAGGAUGACUUCAGCAGUACAGAGGAAGACAGCAGUCAAGACGAUGACAGUGAGCCCAUCUUGGGCCUGUGGUUUGAGGAGACAAUCUCUCCCAGCAAAGAGAAGGUGGCCCCACCCCCACCUCCUCCCCCACCCCCACUGGAGACGUCCCCCCGGCUGAAGAGUCCCAGCAAGCAGACCGCUGGGGAGAAUGGCAACAUCCUGGCCAGCCGCAAGGAUCCGGAGCUGUUUUUAAGCCUGGCCUCCAGCAUUCUGAACUUCAUCACCACCUCAAUGCUGAAAUCCAGGAACAACUUCAUUCGCAACUACCUGAGUGUGUCUCUGACAGAGCAGCACAUGGCCACCCUGGCCAGCAUCAUCAAAGAUGUAGACAAGGACGUCAAGGGGUCAUCUGAUGAAGAAUUUGCAUCUGCUCUUUAUCACUUCAACCACUCACUGGUGACGUCUGAUCUGCCUUCACCAGCGCUGCAGAACACCCUUCUGCAGCAGCUGGGAGUAGCACCUUUCUCCGAGGGGCUUUGGCCUCUGUACAUUCAGCCCCAGUCACUCUCGGUGCUCUCCAGGCUGCUGCUCAUCUGGCAGCACAAGGCCAGUGUCCAGGGGAACCCCGACGUGCCGGAGUGCAUGAAGGUCUGGGAGAGGUUCGUGGGGACGCUGAAGCAGCACGCCCUGCAGGGGGCGAUGCCGAGCGACGUGGAGGACCUGAAUGUGGAGCACCUGCAGCUGCUGCUGCUCAUCUUCCACAGCUUCUCGGAGAAGGGGCGGGGCAGCGUGCUGGCCAUGUGCACGCAGGCCAUCGCCGAGGUGGCCGCCCGCGUCGACACGCAGCUGCACGCAGUGCCCCUCCACCUGGCUCGCAUUCUGCUGGUCUUCGACUACCUGCUGCAUCAGUACUCCAGAGUCCCCAUGUACCUCUUUGAGCAGGUCCAGUAUAACCUGCUUACUCCCCCAGUGGCUGGGAGCACUCCUGGCCAGGAGGGGAGCAAGCGCAGCACAGCUCCUCUUUACUAUGGCUUCAAGGAGGUGGAGGAGAACUGGACAAAGCACUGCCCGGCAGAUUCCACACCUCAGCCUAAAUUCUACUGUGUCCUUUCACCCGAAGCAUCAGAAGAUGACCGAAGCCACUUGGACAGUUCGGUGUUCCAGGUCCUGUUUAACAGAGCGACCAAGUAUGAUGAGCUGUACUCCUACCUGAUUUCCCUCCUGUCUGCUGGCUCACAGUUCGACAUGACCAGGAGGCAGGAGAACAAAACGAUCACACCCCUGGAGGCCUGCUCCCUCCAGUACUACUUCCUCAUUCUGUGGCGGAUCCUGGGCAUCUUGCCGCCUUCCAAGGCCUACAUUGACCAGCUGAAACCGAGCGCCAGCGACCCCGGCGAGAGCGACAUCCUGCACACCCUGCGCUGGUCGUCCAGGCUCCGCGUCGGCACCUACGUCAACUGGAUCAAGGAGCACCUUAUUAAACAAGGAAUGAAACCGGAGCACGCUGCCUCUCUGAUCGAAGUGGCGUCGGCCAAGUGCAGCGCUGUGAAGUACGAUGUGGAGCUGGCAGAGGAGUACAUCGCUCGGCAGAUCUCGUCAUUCUGCUGUAUCGAUCCCAGCGCCAUCCUGUCUCUCCAAGUGCCCAACCUGCAGACCAUUUACACCCUGGACGCGGUCAUCUCCAAGGUGCAGGUCUCGCUGGACGAGCACUUCUCUAAAGUGGCCGCCGAGACCGACCCCCACAAGUCCUCCGAGAUCACCAAGAACCUGCUCCCCGCCGCGCUGCAGCUCAUCGACACCUACACCGCCUUCGCCAGGUCCUAUCUGUUGAUGAGUCUCCCCGAGGAAGGAGAGAACAAGCGCUCGGAGGAGAAGCUGCAGGGUUACGCCGCUGUGCUGUCUAUUGGGUCAACGCGCUGCAAAGCCAACGUUCUGGCCCAGCCUGUGAUGCAGAAUCUCCCCUCAGCUGUGCAGACCCUGUGUGACGCCUGGAACAACAUCAACACCAAUGAGUUCCCCAACAUCGGCUCAUGGCGCAACGCCUUUGCCAAUGACACAAUCCCCGCAGAGAGCUACAUCAGUGCCAUCCAGGCGGCGCAUCUUGGCACGCUGAGCAACCAGAGCCUGCCCCUGGCCUCAUCGCUUAAACACAUCCUGCUUUCCCUGGUGCGCCUCACGGGAGACCUCAUCGUCUGGUGCCCUGAGGACCUGAACCCCUCGCAGGUGAUCCGCACGCUGCUGCCCCUGCUCCUGGAGACCAGCAUGGAGAGUGUGGCCGAGGUCAGCAGCACCUCCCUGGAGAGGAUCCUUGGCCCCGCGGAGUCGGACGAGUUCCUGGCCCGCGUUUAUGACCGCCUCAUCACCGGCUGCUACAACAUCAUUGCCAACCACUCCGAUCCCAACAGUGGUCUCGACGAGUCUGUGUUGGAGGAGUGUCUGCAGUACCUGGAGAAGCAGCUGGAGAGCAGCCAGGCCCGCAAGGCCAUGGAGGAGUUCUUCACUGACAGUGGAGAACUAGUCCAGAUCAUGAUGGCCACAGCAAAUGAAAACCUUUCUGCCAAAUUCUGCAACAGGGUUUUGAAGUUCUUUACCAAACUGUUUCAGCUCGCGGAGAAGAGCCCGAACCCCAGCCUGCUGCGCCUGUGUGGCUCCCUGGCCCAGCUGGCGUGCGUGGAGCCGGCCCGGCUGCAGGCCUGGCUGACGCGCAUGACGGCCUCGGCCCCCAAGGAAUCGGACCAGCUGGAGACGGUGCAGGAGAACCGCCAGCUGCUGCAGCUGCUCACCACCUACAUCGUCCGCGACAACAGCCAGGUGGGGGAGGGCGUGUGCACCGUGCUGCUCAACACCCUCAUCCCCAUGGCGACGGAGAUGCUGUCCAAUGGGGAGGGCGCCGGCUUCCCGGAGCUUAUGGCUGUCAUGGCGACGCUGGCCAGUGCGGGGCAAGGAGCUGGGCAUCUGCAGCUCCACCGGGCAGCUGUGGAUUGGCUGGCUAGAUGUAAAAAAUACCUGACGCAGAAGAACGUGGUGGAGAAAGUGAGUGCCAACGUGACCCAGGGCAAGCAUGCCAGCAUGCUGGAGUGCACCUGUCACAUCAUCUCCUACCUGGCGGACGUCAUGAACGCCCUGAGGCAGGGCGGCGGCCAGGGAUCCUCGCACCUGCUGGUGGAGGGCGAGGAGCGGGCCAUCGAGGUGGACUCCGACUGGGUGGAGGAGCUGGCGGUGGAGGAGGAGGACUCGCAGGCCGAGGAUUCGGAUGAAGACUCUCUCUGCAAUAAACUGUGCACCUUCACCAUCACACAGAAAGAGUUCAUGAACCAACACUGGUAUCACUGCCACACGUGCAAGAUGGUGGAUGGUGUUGGGGUUUGUACAGUGUGUGCCAAGGUGUGCCACAAAGACCAUGAGAUUUCCUAUGCCAAGUAUGGCUCCUUCUUCUGUGAUUGUGGGGCAAAGGAGGAUGGCAGCUGCCAGGCCCUGGUCAAGCGCAGCCCCAGCAGCGGCAUGAGCUCCACGAUGAAGGAGUCCUCGGCGUUCCAGAGCGAGCUGCGCAUGCCCGAGAGCGCCAUCCGGCACCAGAGCGCCUCGCCCGCCGACAAGGGCAAGGUCACCAUCUGCGACGGCAAGGCCGGGGACGAGGAGAAGCCCAAGAAGAGCAGCGUGUGCAAGAACAUCGAGGGCUGCCGGGAGGAGCUCCUCGCGCAGGUGGCCGGGUCCUCUACGGCCCCUCUGGUGCUGGAGAUGCUGAUCUUCCUCAUGGAUGCUAUCCAGACCAACUUCCAGCAGGCGUCUGCAGUAGGCAGCAGCAGCCGAGCCCAGCACGCCCUCAACGAGCUGCAUACCCUGGACAAGAACGUGGAGAUGACGGACCAGCUCAUGGUCCCGACGCUGGGGUCUCAGGAAGGGGCCUUCGAGAAUGUCCGGAUGAACUACAGCGGUGAUCAGGGCCAGACCAUCCGUCAGCUGAUCAGCGCCCACGUGCUGCGUCGCGUGGCCAUGUGUGUCCUGUCCUCCCCGCACGGGCGGCGCCAGCAUCUUGCGGUCAGCCACGAGAAAGGAAAGAUCACGGUGCUCCAGCUGUCUGCACUCCUGAAGCAAGCGGACUCCAGCAAGAGGAAGCUGACCCUGACUCGCCUGGCCUCGGCUCCUGUCCCCUUCACCGUUCUCAGCCUCACUGGCAACCCCUGCAACGAGGACUACCUGGCUGUGUGCGGCCUCAAGGACUGCCACGUCCUGACGUUCAGCAGCACAGGUUCGGUCUCUGAUCACCUGGUCCUCCACCCCCAACUGGCCACUGGCAACUUCAUCAUCAAGGCUAUCUGGCUGCCCGGCUCCCAGACAGAGCUCGCCAUCAUCACAGCUGACUUCGUCAAGAUUUACGACCUGUCUGUGGAUGCCCUGAGCCCCAUGUAUUAUUUCCUGCUUCCAAGCUCCAAGAUCCGCGACGCCACCUUCCUGUUCAGCGAGGAGGGCAAGAACACCAUCGUGAUCAUGUCCUCAGCUGGGUACAUCUACACCCAGGUGAUGGAGGAGUCCAGUAGCGCCCAGCACGGCCCGUUUUACGUCACCAACGUCCUGGAAAUCAACCACGAGGACCUGAAGGACAGCAAUGGGCAGGUGGCAGGAGGGGGCGUGUCAGUCUAUUACUCCCACGUGCUGCAGAUGCUCUUCUUCAGCUACGGUCAGGGCAAGUCCUUUGCUGCCACCGUCAGCCGCAGCACCAUGGAGAUGCAGCGGCUUUUCACCAUCAACGUCAAGAGCUCUAACGGUGGCAGUAAGACCUCUCCAGCCCUGUGCCAAUGGUCAGAAGUGAUGAACCAUCCUGGGCUAGUGUGCUGUGUUCAGCAAACUACUGGGAUCCCGUUGGUCAUAAUGGUCAAGCCAGACACCUUUCUCAUUCAGGAGAUCAAGACCCUUCCUGCCAAAGCCAAGAUUCAGGACAUGGUGGCGAUCCGCCACACGGCGAGCAACGACCAGCAGAGAACGACCAUGAUCCUGCUGUGCGAGGACGGCAGCCUGAGGAUCUACAUGGCGAAUGUGGACAACACCUCCUACUGGCUGCAGCCCUCGCUGCAGCCCAGCAGCGUCAUCAGCAUCAUGAAACCCGUCCGCAAGCGCAAGGCCGCUGCUGCCACCACUCGCUCCACCAGUCAGGUCACCUUCCCUGUGGAUUUCUUUGAGCACAACCAGCAGCUGACUGAGGUGGAGUUUGGAGGCAAUGAUCUGCUGCAGGUGUAUAACGCUCAGCAGAUAAAGCACAGGCUGAACUCCACUGGGAUGUACGUUGCCAACACCAAGCCCGGGGGCUUUACAAUAGAGGUGGUCAAUAACAACAGCUCCAUGGUGAUGACAGGCAUGCGGGUGCAGGUGGGCACCCAGGCCAUCGAGAGAGCGCCAUCCUACCUGGAGAUUUUCGGCCGCACCAUGCAGAUGAACCUGACCCGCUCUCGCUGGUUUGACUUCCCCUUCACCCGUGAGGAGGCCCUGCAGGCGGACAAGAAGCUCUCCAUAUUCAUUGGGGCAUCGGUGGACCCCGCCGGCGUCACCAUGCUGGACUCCAUCAAGAUCUACGGGAAGACCAAGGAACAGUUCGGCUGGCCCGAUGAGCCCCCCGAAGACUUCCCCUCGGCCUCGGUCAACAACGUCUGCAGCCCCAACCUCAAUCAGGGCAACGGCACAGGGGACAGCGACAUCGUAACGCCAGCAUCCGCCAGCGGCACGGUGCUGGAAAGGUUGGUGGUGAGCUCCCUGGAAGCCCUCGAAAGUUGCUUUGCUGUCGGGACCACGACGGAAAAGGAGAAGAACAAAUCUGCUGCUCUGGACUUAGCCACCCUGCUCCUGUCCAUGCCCACUCCAGCUGGGGUCCAGCAGCAAACCAAGGGCCUGCUGGCCAGCUUGCACACAAGCCGUUCAGCCUACCACAACCAUAAGGACCAGUCCCUGCUGAGCAACGCAGUGCAGUGUCUGAACACCUGCAGUAGGGAUGGGAAGGACCUGGACCCUGAGGUGUUCCAGAGACUGGUGAUCACCGCGCGCUCCAUUGCCAUCAUGAGGCCCAACAACCUGGUGCACUUCACCGAGUCCAAGCUGCCUCACACUGACGCAGACACAUCAGAGGAGAGCAGGGAGACCCAGAAGCCUUUGGAGAGUGAAGGCUGUAACUUCAUCAUGCAGCUGGUCAAUAACUUCUGGAAGCUCCAUGCUUUAAAACCCAAGAACGCAUUCCUGGCUCCAGCCUGCUUGCCUGGUUUGACACACAUUGAGGCCACAGUGAAUGCUCUAGUGGAUAUCAUUCAUGGAUACUGCACCUGUGAGCUGGACUGCAUCAAUGUCGCCUCUAAAAUCUACAUGCAGAUGUUGUUGUGCCCCGACACCUCUGUGAGCUUUGCCUGCAAGCAAGCCCUGAUUCGAGUUCUGAGACCCAGGAACAAACGCAGACAUGUGACCUUGCCCUCUCCUCCUCGCUCCAACACGCCUAUGGGAGAUAAAGACGACGACGACGAUGACGACGCAGACGAGAAGAUGCAGCCAACUGGGAUGUCCGGUGGGGAGGGCGGGAGACAGGAGAGCCAAGAGCAGAGUGAAGUGGAUCACGGGGAUUUCGAGAUGGUGUCGGAGUCCAUGGUUUUAGAGUCCGCGGAGAACGUGAACAAUGGCAACCCCUCGCCGCUGGAGGCGCUGCUGGCCGGAGCAGAGGGCUUCCCCCCGAUGCUGGACAUCCCUCCCGACGCCGACGACGAGACGAUGGUGGAACUGGCCAUUGCACUCAGCUUGCAGCAAGAUCAGCAAGGCAGCAGUAGCAGCGCGCUGGGCCUGCAGAGCCUGGGCCUGUCCGGCCAGGCCCCCAGCUCCUCCUCGCUGGACGCCGGGACCCUCUCGGACACCACGGCGUCAGCUCCAGCCUCUGACGACGAGGGCAGCACGGCCGCCACAGACGGCUCUACCCUGCGCACCUCGCCGGCCGAGCACGGGGGCAGCGUGGGCUCGGAGAGCGGGGGCAGCGCCGUGGACUCCGUGGCGGGCGAGCACAGCGUCUCGGGCCGCAGCAGCGCCUACGGCGACACGGCGGCCGAGGGGCACCCCGCCGGGCCCGGCAGCGUGAGCUCCAGCACCGGCGCCAUCAGCACCGCCACGGCCCAGCAGGAGGGCGAGGGCUCCGAGGGCGAGGGCGAGACGGAGGGCGACAUCCACACCAGCAACAGGCUCCACAUGGUGCGUCUGAUGCUGUUGGAGCGGCUCCUGCAGCACCUCCCCCAGCUGCACAGCGUCGGGGGAGUCCGCGCGAUCCCAUACAUGCAGGUGAUCCUGAUGCUGACCGCAGACCUGGACGGGGAUGAUGAGAAGGAUAAGGGCGCUCUGGAUGACCUCCUGUCUCAGCUCAUUGCUGAGCUGGGAAUGCACAAGAAGGACGUUUCCAAGAAGAAUGAUCGCACCCCCAUGAAUGAAGUGCACCUGGUCAUUAUGAGGCUUCUGAGUGUGUUCAUGUCCCGUACCAAGUCAGGGUCCAAGUCAUCUUCUGAGUCUUCCUCGCUGAUCUCCAACGCCACCGCCACAGCCCUGCUCAGCCUGGGCGCCAUCGACUACUGCCUCCACGUCCUGAAGUCUCUGCUGGAGUUCUGGAAGACCCAGCAGGGAGAGGAAGAGCCGGCCGCGGCCAGCCAGCUGCUCAAACCCCACACCUCCUCCUCGCCCCCUGACAUGAGCCCCUUUUUCCUCAGGCAGUAUGUCAAGGGCCAUGCUGCGGAUGUCUUUGAGGCAUACUCCCAGCUCCUCACUGAGAUGGUUCUGCGGCUGCCCUAUCAGAUAAAGAAGAUUGCGGACACCAAUCCUCGCAUUCCUCCGCCCAUCUUUGACCACUCCUGGUUCUACUUCCUGUCUGAGUACCUGAUGAUCCAGCAGACCCCCUUUGUGCGCCGUCAAGUGCGCAAGCUGCUGCUCUUCAUCUGCGGCUCCAAGGAGAAGUACCGGCAGCUGCGCGAUCUGCACACGCUGGACUCCCACGUGCGAGGCAUCAAGAAGCUGCUGGAGGAGCAGGGCAUCUUCCUGCGUGCCGGCGUGGUGACCGCCACGUCCGGCUCGGCCCUGCAGUACGACACCCUGAUCAGCCUGAUGGAGCAUCUGAAAGCUUGUGCUGAGAUUGCCACCCAGCGAACUAUAAACUGGCAGAAGUUUUGCAUGAAGGACGAUUCGGUGCUGUACUUCCUGCUGCAGGUGAGCUUCCUGGUGGACGAGGGCGUGUCCCCCGUGCUCCUGCAGCUGCUGUCCUGCGCCCUGUGUGGCAGUAAGGUCCUCUCAGCCUCCUCGUCCUCGGGGCAAUCCGGCACCACGGCCCCAGGAGCCUCCCAGUCGGGUUCCCAAAGCAAGUCCUCCAGCAAGAAGAGCAAGAAGGAGGACAAGGAGAAGGAGAAGGAUGGUGAGGGUGUGGGCAGCCAGGAGGAUCAGCUGUGCACUGCGCUGGUCAGCCAGCUUAACAAGUUUGCCGACAAGGAGACUCUCAUCCAGUUCCUGCGCUGCUUCCUGCUGGAAUCCAACUCCUCCUCUGUGCGCUGGCAGGCUCACUGCCUGGCCCUGCACAUCUACAGGAACUCCGGUAAAUCCCAACAGGAGCUGCUUCUGGAUCUCACCUGGGCUAUCUGGCCUGAGCUCCCGGCGUACGGCCGCAAGGCAGCCCAGUUCGUGGACCUCCUGGGCUACUUCUCUCUCAAAACUCCGCAGACUGAGAAGAAGCUGAAGGAGUAUUCCCAGAAGGCUGUUGAGAUUCUGAGAACACAGAACCACAUUCUCACAAACCAUCCUAACUCCAACAUCUACAACACUCUGUCAGGACUGGUGGAGUUUGAUGGAUACUACCUGGAAAGUGAUCCCUGCCUGGUCUGCAACAAUCCCGAAGUGCCAUUUUCUAACAUCAAGCUGUCCUCUAUCAAAGUCGACACCCGGUACACCACCACCCAACAGGUGGUGAAGCUCAUCGGCAGCCACACCAUCAGCAAAGUCACCGUCAAGAUUGGCGACCUGAAACGCACCAAAAUGGUUCGCACCAUUAACCUGUACUACAACAACCGGACUGUGCAGGCCAUCGUAGAGCUGAAAAACAAACCUGCUCGCUGGCACAAAGCGAAGAAAGUACAGCUGACCCCUGGCCAGACGGAGGUGAAGAUUGACCUCCCCCUGCCCAUCGUGGCCUCCAAUCUGAUGAUCGAGUUUGCCGACUUCUACGAGAACUACCAGGCCUCCACCGAGACCCUGCAGUGCCCACGGUGCAGUGCGUCCGUCCCCGCCAACCCCGGGGUGUGUGGCAACUGCGGCGAGAACGUGUACCAGUGCCACAAGUGCAGGUCUAUUAACUAUGACGAGAAGGAUCCCUUCCUGUGCAAUGCCUGUGGCUUUUGCAAAUACGCCCGCUUUGACUUCAUGCUGUAUGCCAAGCCCUGCUGUGCUGUGGACCCCAUUGAGAACGAGGAGGACAGGAAGAAGGCCGUGACCAACAUCAACACGCUCCUGGACAAGGCGGACCGUGUGUACCAUCAGCUCAUGGGGCACCGGCCCCAGCUGGAGACCCUGCUCUGCAAGGUGAAUGAAGCAGCGCCUGAGAAGCCACAGGACGACACGGGCGCGGGGGCAGGGGUGGGGACGUCCUCUGCCAGUGUGAACAGGUACAUCCAGCAGCUGGCCCAGGAGUACUGUGGGGACUGCAAGACCUCCUUUGAUGAGCUCUCCAAAAUCAUACAGAAAGUGCUGGCGUCCCGGAAGGAGCUGCUGGAGUACGACCUGCAGCAGCGGGAGGCGGCCACCAAGUCCUCGCGCACCGCCGCCCUGCCCACCUUCACCGCCAGCCAGUACCGCGCGCUCUCCGUGCUGGGCUGCGGCCACACCUCCUCCACCAAGUGCUACGGCUGCGCCUCGGCCGUGACCGGCCACUGCAUCACCCUGCUGCGCGCCCUGGCCACCAACAGUGCCAUCCGCCAGAUCCUGGUGCUGCAGGGCCUGAUCCGCGAGCUCUUUGAGUACAACCUGCGGCGGGGCACGGCCACCAUGAGGGAGGAGGUGCGGCAGCUCAUGUGCCUGCUCACCAGGUAGGCCCGGGGGGCGCCGGCAGGGUCUUACAGCCUUACAUCCAAAGCCGUUCUCAUUGCCUUAAUUACUGCAAUGCUCUACUCCCUGGGAAAUCCUGACCAGGUCAGCAGUCUUCAGUAUGAGAUGCUGCUACUGACGGAUUCCAUUGCCAAAGAAGGGGGCUGCUGGGAGCUGCGACUGCGUUGUGCUCUCAGCCUGUUCCUUAUGGCUGUGAAUAUCAAGACCCCAGUAGUGGUGGAAAACAUCACCCUGAUGUGCCUGAGGAUCCUGCAGAAGCUCAUCAAACCCCCAGCACCAACCAGCAAGAAGAACAAGGAUGCUGCUGUUGAAUCUCUGACCACAGUCAAGCCCUACAGCAAUGAGAUCCAUGCACAGGCCCAGCUCUGGCUCAAGAAGGAUCCUAAGGCAUCUUAUGAGGCCUGGAAAAAAUGUCUUCCAGCCAGAGGUCAGGAGAACAUCGCCAAGCCCCAGAGCAAGGUGGAGGCGCGGCGCCAAUACCUCAUGGAGAAGUAUGUGUGGAAAUGGAAGCAGUUCAUGAGCAAGAGGGGAAAGAGAACAUCUCCUUUGGACCUUAAGCUGGGACACAACAACUGGCUGCGACAGGUCCUCUUCACUCCUGCCACCCAGGCAGCCCGGCAAGCAGCCUGCACCAUCGUGGAGGCCCUGACCACCAUCCCCAGCCGCAAGCAACAAGUCCUGGACCUGCUCACCAGCUACCUGGACGAGCUCAGUAUCGCAGGGGAGUGUGCAGCUGAGUACUUGGCUCUUUACCAGAAGCUCAUUAAGCCAGCCCACUGGAAGGUGUAUCUGGCAGCUCGGGGAGUCUUGCCAUACAUUGGCAACCUCAUUACCAAGGAAAUUGCCCAUCUUCUGGCCCUGGAAGAGGCCACUCUCAGCACUGACCUGCAGCAAGGCUAUGCCCUCAAGAGUCUGACAGGGCCGCUCAUGAGGGACAUCAAGAACAAGAUCUGCCAGGACUGCGACCUGGUGGCCCUGCUGGAGGACGACAGUGGCAUGGAGCUGUUGGUGAAUAAUAAAAUCAUUAGUUUGGACCUCUCGGUUGCUGAAGUUUAUAAGAAGGUCUGGUGCCCUACUAAUGAGGGAGAGCCAAUGCGAAUCAUCUAUCGUAUGAGGGGGCUGCUGGGGGAUGCCACAGAGGAGUUCAUUGAGUCCCUGGACUCCACUACAGAUGAAGAGGAGGAUGAGGAGGAAGUGUAUAAGAUGGCAGGAGUGAUGGCACAGUGUGGAGGUCUGGAGUGCAUGCUCAACAGACUGGCAGGGAUCAAGGAUUUCAAGCAAGGGAGACACCUGCUCACCGUCUUGCUGAAGCUGUUCAGUUUCUGUGUGAAAGUGAAGAUCAACCGACAGCAGCUGGUCAAGCCAGAGAUGAACACUCUGAACGUCAUGCUGGGCACGCUGAACCUGGCUUUGGUGGCUGAGCAGGAGAGUAAAGACAGUGGAGGAGCCUCCAUUGCAGAGCAGGUCCUCAGCAUAAUGGAGAUCAUCCUGGACGAAGCCAACGCUGAAACAGUGUCUGAAGACAAGGGUAACCUACUGUUGACAGGAGACAAAGACCAACUGGUCAUGCUGCUGGACCAGAUCAACACUCCCUUUGUGCGUUCCAAUCCCAGUGUGCUGCAGGGCCUGCUCAGGAUCAUCCCAUACCUGUCCUUUGGAGAACUGGAAAAGAUGCACAUCCUAGUGGAACGUUUCAAGCCCUGCUGCAACUUUGACAAGUAUGAUGAGGAGCACAGCGCAGACGACAAGGUCUUCAUUGACUGCUUCUGUAAGAUUGCCGCUGGAAUCAAAAACAACAGCAAUGGCCACCAGCUGAAGGACCUGAUCCUUCAGAAGGGAAUCACUCAGAAUGCACUGGACUACAUGAAGAAGCAUAUCCCCAGCGCCAAAAAUCUUGAUGCUGAUGUGUGGAAGAAGUUCCUCUCCCGUCCAGCGCUGCCUUUCAUCCUGAGGCUGCUCCGCGGACUGGCCACCCAGCACCCCCCAACUCAGGUGUUAAUCGGGACGGACUCCAUCAGCAACCUGCACAAGCUGGAGCAGGUGUCGAGCGACGAGGGCAUCGGCACGCUGGCCGAGAACCUGCUGGAGGCCCUGCGGGAGCACGCCGACGUCAACCUGAAGAUCGACGCGGCGCGCCGGGAGACGCGGGCCGAGAAGAAGAGGAUGGCCAUGGCCAUGAGGCAGAAAGCCCUGGGCACUCUGGGAAUGACGACCAAUGAGAAGGGCCAGGUUGUGACGAAGACUUCCUUACUGAAGCAGAUGGAGGAGCUGAUCGAAGAGCCAGGGUUGACAUGCUGCAUCUGCAGGGAAGGCUACAAGUUCCAGCCCACAAAGGUCCUGGGUAUUUACACCUUCACUAAGCGCCUGUCGCUGGAGGAGUUUGAGAACAAGCCCCGCAAGCAGCAGGGCUACAGCACUGUCUCGCACUUUAACAUCGUCCACUACGACUGCCACUUAGCUGCUGUCAGGCUGGCGCGUGGGCGUGAGGAAUGGGAGAGCGCCGCCCUGCAGAACGCCAACACCAAAUGCAAUGGCCUGUUGCCGGUGUGGGGGCCUCAUGUGCCCGAGUCCGCCUUCGCCACCUGCCUGGCAAGGCACAACACGUACCUGCAGGAGUGCACCGGGCAGCGAGAGCCCACCUACCAGCUCAACAUCCACGACACCAAGCUCCUGUUCCUGCGCUUCGCCAUGGAGCAGUCCUUUAGCGUGGACACGGGCGGGGGCGGCCGCGAGAGCAACAUCCACCUCAUCCCCUACAUCAUCCACACCGUGCUCUACGUCCUCAACACGACGCGAGCCACGUCGCGGGAGGAGAAGAACCUGCAGAGCUUCCUGGAGCAGCCGCGGGAGAAGUGGGUGGAGAGCGCGUACGAGGUGGACGGGCCGCACUACCACACCGUGCUGGCGCUGCACGUCCUGCCGCCCGAGCGCUGGAGGGCCAGCCGCGUGGAGGUGCUGCGCCGCCUGCUCGUCGCCGCGCACGCCCGCAAGGUCUCCCCGGGGGGCGCCACCAAACUGACAGACAAAGCUGUGAAGGAGUACGCAGUGUACCGCUCUCCUCUUCUCUUCUGGGGCCUGGUGGACCUCAUUUACGAUAUGUUUAAGAAAGUGCCCACCAGCAAUACAGAGGGAGGCUGGUCCUUCUCCCUGGCAGAGUAUGUGCGGCACAACGACAUGCCCAUCUAUGAGGCCUCAGAAAAGGUGCUGCGCACCUUUCAGGAAGAGCUCAUGCCCGCGGAGUCCUUCUCUGAAUUCCUGGAUGUUGUAGGACUGCUGUCUGAAAUCCCAGACCCUGAUGGCUUCCUGCAGGACCUUCUCAACUCUGUGCCCUGAGUGUGUGAUUCCACAGAAGAACCCUGCCACACUGGACCUCUGACUUCUCUGCGCUGGUGUCUGGUCACCAGGGCUCUGCGGCAGGCACCUCCCAGGGUACCCCUGAGUUUUGGGGCUGACCUCUCUUUCAGCACACACAACCUCCAUUGCGCAAGACUUUCAUUUCAGCAGCCUUCAGUUUUGUUUUGUUUUUUCAGAAUUCUCUUGAAACGUAACUCUUAAAACAAGAAAGCCUUAAGAGUUUAUGCAUUCAGAACCGUAAAGGUUCAUGUAACAACACACAAAUCAAAGAUUCACCCCCAUGUUGACUGAUCCAACAUUGCGGGUCACUAGCAAAUGUGGACCCACAAAUUUAGUCUAAUUUGAUCAGUGCAUAGACGUUUUCAUUUAAAGAAUAUAAAUAAAGCUCUGAGAAGCUGGAGAAAAGGUUUCCUUUGAAAUCACAGGACCCUGAUCUCUGUCCUGUGUCCUUCAAUUUUUUCCUUGGUUUUUACAGUGGUGUCAUUGGACUCGACUCUGACUUGUUAAAAUUCUGUUUUUUAUGUUUAAAAAGCAGCAUGCGUGUGUAGGUGUUUCUUAUUUACAAAAAAAAGGAGAGAAAAACAAAAACAGACAAAAAAUGGUUUGUUUUUAAAAUUUAACAAUAUAUUACCCAGUUUUAGUGAAAUGACAUGUUUUGACGUGCCCUACAAUUUCUAUUGCUGGUGCUGUAGCACUGUCCUGAAGAAGGAAAUUAAGAAAUGGCCUGUUCUCUGUUUAAAAGGAGUUCUUUUUUUUGUGGGGGAGUAGUUAUUUGGUUUGGUUUCAAUUUAGGCUCUGAUCUCCCCUCUCCAGCCCAGAGCUCCACCCAGUUUUUGUUCCCUCUGCAAAUUGUCUUGAGUUCAGAAUAUAAAAAUAUCCAAUGGAAGACUCAAGCUGAUAUUUUAUUAAUGUUUUUGCAAGUAUGGUGCCACUGAGUACAUUCUCAGUGAUAAGGGAAUUCUAUACAAGAAAAGUAUACAUAUAUGCAAAUUUUCAAAGGGCACCGUUGUACUCAAAGCUGAAUGCAUGGUGUAAGGUUUGCUUCACACCUCAUAGUGUUUUUUUUUUUGCCUGUUCCUGCUGCGAUAAUGUGCAACUGUUGCUGGAUGUUUGCUUUUUGGAUUAGCUAAAAAUUAAUAAAGCUCUAAUAACUGAG